ACAUUAUCACUUGGGAGGACCUUGUAGAAGACCCACCCUCUUGGCUUAAGCCCUUCCUAACCCUGCUCCCUCCGGAGCCAAAACCCAUUCUUGCUUUGCAGGAGACAGAGAAGAGGAAAAGUCUUACCCAGCCUUCAGCACCCCUCUACCCUGUCCUACAGGGGGGUACUGAAGAAGAAUUAAUUUUUCCUCCCCCGUAUAACCCCUCUAGGAUGCCGGAAGAACACCAUCCUCCCCCUCCGGGGGAGGCAGACGCUGUUCCGAGAGAGCGGGGAGGCAGAAACGCUCCAGGGGGAAGCCCGCCCUUUACCAGACAAAGGGCUCAGAGGGGGCAAUCCGCCUCCGCCGCCGACUCCACUAUUCUGCCCCUGCGAGCCACCAGACCCCCAGACGCGGAGGGGAAUCAGCCCCAUCACUAUUGGCCUUUCGCCACUAGUGACCUCUACAAUUGGAAAGCUCAGAAUCCUAAGUUUUCCGAGAAACCGGCAGGGCUUAUUGAUUUAUUAGACUCUGUUCUUUUUACCCAUCAGCCCACGUGGGAUGAUUGCCAGCAGCUUUUGCAGGUCCUGUUCACGACUGAAGAAAGAGAAAGAAUCCUCAGUGGGGCCUGAAAACUAGUUCCAGGCGCAGAUGGGAAUCCCACCACCAACCAGGCUCAGAUAGAUGCCUCCUUCCCCUUAACUCGGCCCCAGUGGGAUUUCAACACGGCAGAAGGUAAGGAGAGGCUCCGGGUCUACCGCCAGACUCUAAUGGGGGGUCUCCGAAUGGCUGCUAGAAAGCCAACCAAUUUGGCCAAGGUAGGAAAUGUACAACAGGGAAAAGAUGAAUCUCCGGCUGCCUUUUUAGAACGGAUCAUGGAGGCAUUCCGUACCUAUACCCUCAUGGAUCCAGAGGCUCCGGAAAGCAAGGCAGCUGUUCUCAUGGCCUUUGUAAACCAAUCGGCCAUAGACAUUAGGAGAAAAUUACAGAAAAUAGAUAGACUAGGAGAAAAAAGUCUGCAGGACUUACUGGUGGUAGCCGAAAAGGUAUAUAAUAACCGGGAGCCUCCUGAGGACAAGCAGGCUCGCGCCAUGGCGGCUGCCAGCAGUAAGCAGACUCGAGACCUGGCCAGAAUACUACUAGCUACCACUGCUGACUUCCCCGAGGAACGAGACCGCCGUCUCCGGCAGCUGGCAGACGACACAAGAAAAGGUAAAAGCACCAAGGGGGGGAAGCAGAGGCUGCAGAAGGAUCAGUGCGCAUACUGCAAGGAGAUAGGGCAUUGGGCCCGAGAUUGUCCAAAAAGAGCUGGCGGGAAGGGAAGCAAGACUGAUCGAGUAAAAGUCCUAGAGCUGGAUGAACUAAGUGAUUAGGGGAGUCAGGGUUCGGACCCUCUCCCCGAACCCAGGGUAACUCUUAAAGUGGAGGGGACCCCUAUUGACUUCCUUGUCGACACCGGAGCACAACAUUCGGUCCUCCGCACCCCACAAGGAAAACUAGCCAGCAAGAAGUCCUGGGUACAAGGGGCAACUGGUAUGAGCCAGUAUUCAUGGACUACCCGAAGAACAGUAGAUUUGGGAACGGGCCGGGUAUCCCACUCCUUUAUGGUAAUACCAGAAUGCCCCUACCCACUGUUAGGACGGGACUUACUGACCAAGAUUGGAGCUCAGAUAACUUUCAGACAAGGGGGGCCUCAGGUCACCGAUGGCAAGGGCCACCCCAUCCAGGUCCUGACCAUGAAACUGGAGGAUGAAUACCUCCUCCACCAGGAGGCGCUCCCGAGAGAGAAUAAUAUAGACAGAUGGCUACAAGAAUUCCCCUCGGUUUGGGCAGAGACGGGGGGGAUGGGACUAGCCGCUCACAGGACGCCAGUCCUGGUAGAGCUCAAGCCAGGAGAGAGUCCGGUAAGGAUCAAACAAUACCCC